AUGGCGCCGGAUAAGUCACCUACACGUGCUAUGAGAGAAGAGGCGCUCGAGCGACAGGUCAUCGAGGAAUUGCGUCGUACCAACGAUGUGCUCGAAAUGAUGAUGCGCUUGUUCACCCAAAGUGAACUUCAACUUCCAGUGCGAACGGGUUCUGAGGCGCCUUCCUCUGCGCCGGCUCAUGACGGCGAAACAAUUGACCCCAUUGGAGCCGAACAUAUGAUUGACGCCGAGAACAUCGGCGUUGCCUUCGCACACGGCGGUUAUGAAGUUGGCGUUGGAGGAAAUCAGAGCACUGACGCUGAUGCGAGCGUCCCACCGGUGACAGCUGCCGAGAUCACGCCGCUCGGUACCACUGACCCGAACGCUCUGUGUGAGGCGAGCGCAGCGUCGCCGGUUCGCAAACGUGCUCGAGAGAGACGUCCGUACUGCAGGUGA